ACGUGCACUAACCUCACUUUUUCUUAAAGUUAAAAUUACUGAAAUUUAUCUCAAAACUGUGUCUAUGUUUCGAUAAACAGUGAAAAUAGUGCGACUUUAGCUAAUGUCAACUGUUAAAAGUGUGAUUAUUGUGUUAUUGGGUAUUUUAACCCCAAUUCCGUUUUAUUUAUUACUAGACUUUUCUGGUGUUUUUUAUUUAUUAAGUGGUUAUUAGCGCAAUGACGUCGUUUGAAUUCACUUGGAAUAAUGGUGCACAAGCUGCAGGAAAGGUAUUUGCGCGUAAAAAAUCAACCCCCAAGCAAAAGCAAACUGGUGCAACAACAGCCCCCACUAAAUUCGCCCCUAAGAAGGCUCCGGAAGCAGGAAUUGCGAGAAAUAAAUCAUUUGAGUUGAUUGAAAAGCAACAAGAGAAAAUUUCAAGUAAUACUGGAUCAGAACAGUACGUUAAAAGGAAACAGAAAAAAGAUAAAUUAGCUGCAAAAGCAGGUGAUGGAAAUCAGCAGAUUAGUAGAGAAACUAGUGAGAAAAGUGCAAGUACGUCGCAUUCGUUAUUUGCUGUGAAACACAAGGAUAUUUACGUAAAUACGAAUAUUAGGGGAAAAUCAGUAGUUGAAAAAGUGUUCAGUGGUGAAAAAAAGUUCACUGAUUUACAAAUACAUAAGUAUUUAGUGGCCAAUUUGCAAAAACAUUCGUUUGUGAAUUUAACAAAUGUGCAAGAGAAAUCUAUUCCGGAGAUUUUGUCGGGAAAAAAUGUUUUGAUUCGUUCCCAAACUGGUUCUGGGAAAACUUUGGCUUACGCUUUGCCAAUAAUGGAUGCUCUUCUAAGCAUCGAUCCUCGUUUACAAAGACAAGAUGGAGUCCAAGUCAUUAUAGUCGUACCAACGAGAGAAUUAGCUUUACAAACUCAUGAAAUAUUUGGUAAAAUUAACACCUUUCAAUGGCUCGUAAUAGGCCAUCUUUGCGGUGGCGAAAACCGAAAAACUGAAAAAGACAGAUUACGUAAAGGAGUACACGUUGUUAUCGGUACUCCGGGUCGACUACUUGACCAUAUUUUACACACUUCAGCUUUUAAAAUUGACAAUGUUAAAUGUUUAGUUCUUGACGAAGCAGAUCGUCUCUUAGACAUGGGAUUUAAGAAAGAUAUAGUGAAGAUAGUAGAAGAGUUAGAUCGGACGAGAGAACACUCCGAUUAUGAUCCUAUGGCUAUGCUUUUACACAAAAAAACACAAGAAAUCAAGACCGAAUCGGACGAAUCUUUGCCACCUUUGCGAAGUCGAAAUAGCAAAAACCGCCAAACAAUACUUCUCUCAGCUACUCUCAACAAAGGCAUAGCCGAAUUAGCAGACUUCCUUAUGAAAAACCACACUUAUAUUGACACUCUUGACGACUCACCCAACAUAAAUCCCGACCAUAUGGUCAUUCCAAACACCGUUACUCAGGAAUUUAUUAUGACUCAUAUCAAACACAGACUUUUUACUUUAUCGGCUUUGCUUUUGGCGAAAGCCAAACAUAAGGUGUUUGUGUUUAUGGCCACGAGUCAGAUGGUGGACUAUCAUUACGAAUUGUUUAUGAAAUAUUUGGCAAAGAUGCCGAAAAAUCGAGGAAAACUGAAAAUUGGAAAUGUGACACUGUUGGAAAAUGAAAAUUUUGAGGAUAGUGAUGAGGAGGAACAGUGUGUGCUCGAUACUGAAUUUUUUAAGUUGCAUGGAUCUAUGGAUCAGGGUAUUAGGAAGAAGGUUUUUACGGAGUUUAAGGCGGCCAAAAGGGGGAUUUUGCUAAGCACAGAUGUAGCGGCUCGUGGCGUUGACGUUCCCGAAGCAGACUGCAUUAUCCAAUACACAGGUCCGCAAUCAGACGACGACUAUCUUCACAGAGUUGGAAGAACAGGUAGGGCUGGAAAAUCCGGAUCUUCGUUGAUUUUCCUCACUCAUGAAGAACAAGAAUACAUUGCCAGGUUGCAAGAUCACAAAGUAUUUUUGAAAGAACGCGACUCUUCUGAAUUUCUCAAACACCUGUGCAUCCUGAUGGAAGAACCUGAGGAGGAGAAAGCCGCAACGGCCCUUCAACGUCGCUUCGAAACGGCGUUAUCGAAAGACAAGGACUUGCACCGUCUUGCUUGUUUCGCCUACUCGUCCUGGUCCCGCUUCUACAACACCUUCCCCGGCAAGAUGCGUUCCAUUUUCAAUUUCAAAACAAUUAAUUUAGGUCACUAUGUAACAAGUUUCGGCCUUAAAGAAACUCCCAGCAGCGUCGCAAAGAUCAUCAAAGGUCAAGUGGCAACGGUCCAACCACGAAGACUCAACAAAAAACUGGCCACCCAUGGGGAUGAAGAAGAGGUGAAGCCGCAGAAGAGGAAAAUCAAGUCAGUGAGUUUGACCACGUCGGAGUUUGCGAGCGGGUUGGAACCUAAAAAGAAGAAGAAUAAAAGAAAAACAUAAUGUACUUUCAAUUUAAUAAUUUAUAAUUUUGAAAAUUAGCAAAACAACAUCAUUUAUUAAAAUUAUUAAAAUUUUAUUUUC